AUGUCCGCGUCUGAAAGCUUCACUGAGUAUUUUGUUAAUCAAAUUUAAAGGACAUUAAUAUCACAGUUUCACAACCGCAUUCAACUGCGCUGCGCAGGAGUAAACGCGAGAGUCGAGGCGGUGGGCAAGAUCAAAUAGGCAAACGUAUUUCCUGCACUGUACCUGAUUCUACAUCGUUGUCUUGCCUACUAAGUGUAAACUCACAAGUUGUUAAAUCAGCCCCUGGAAAAUGCAAGCCAUCAAGUGUGUGGUGGUUGGAGAUGGUGCUGUGGGAAAGACAUGCCUGCUCAUCAGCUACACAACCAACGCCUUCCCUGGAGAGUACAUCCCCACAGUGUUUGAUAACUACUCAGCCAAUGUGAUGGUGGACAGUAAGCCAGUGAACCUGGGACUGUGGGAUACAGCAGGACAGGAGGACUAUGACAGACUCAGACCUCUGUCCUAUCCUCAGACGGAUGUGUUCCUCAUCUGUUUCUCUCUGGUGAGCCCAGCAUCGUUUGAGAACGUCAGAGCCAAGUGGUACCCUGAGGUACGACACCACUGCCCCUCCACACCCAUCAUCCUCGUGGGCACCAAGCUGGAUCUGAGGGACGAGAAGGAAACCAUUGAGAAGCUGAAGGAGAAGAAGCUAGCGCCCAUCACCUACCCACAAGGCUUAGCACUAGCCAAAGAGAUAGACUCGGUGAAGUACCUGGAAUGCUCUGCCCUGACCCAGCGGGGGCUGAAGACGGUCUUUGACGAGGCCAUCCGAGCGGUGCUGUGCCCCCAGCCCACCAAGGUGAAGAAACGACCCUGUCUACUCAUCUGAUCUUAGACCUGUGGAUAGACCAAGAGAGAAGGGCUCAGGAAUCACACAACAGCAAAUGUUGAUUUUAGUUAAAUACAAAGUUUGGCAGUUUUACAAAGUGGUCUAAUGUUCAGAUGAGUCAACAUAUGUAGUGGUGAGUCUUGCCAUCUGUAGUGUAUAUCCAGCUAUAAUUACAGUAUAUAGUGUAUGCCUCAAUCCCAAAUGAAUGGAAGAUAGUUAGACCGUCAGAUUGUACCAUUACAGAUGGUGCCUACCUUUCCCACUGGUUGGGGAUUGAGGCAUAUAGCUGGAUCUACGAUUCUUCUCAAUGUUAGACCACUGUUCAGGUCUGAAAACAACCAUCAGACUUUCUGGAGCAUCAAUAUAAAUGUCCUUAAUAUUUUCAAGACAAAUCCUGGAUAUGUACACAUGGAUAAGUGUUUUAGAUUCAUAUAUUGGUAUUUGGUUUUGGUUUCUAACUCAUUUUCUUAUACACUUCUUCUAUAUGGUUUGUUAAUGCAGUGACUGGUCCUUACUGUACAAGAAAGACACUGAAAAAUACAUAGACCAAACAUUACAGUGUGUAUAGUGAUUACAUUAUAGUCAGAAAUGUAUUGCACCAUCCUAAUGUAAGAAACUUUCCAAAAUGAUCAUGUUGUUUACUCUAUAAAAUGUAUUUUUCAUAUUUUGACAUGAUACAGCAUUCUACUAUAUUUCUACGGUACCGUAUUACUUUUCUCUCUAUUACAAUUUAAUUUAACACAAAAUAAAACAUAUGGGUGUG